AGCAAACAAUAACAUUAAUACUAAUAGCCAUGGUGUUAUUGGACUUGAUUCACAAAUUUCUCAACUUAGUAGCUCCUCCAUUUACCUUAUUUACUUUGUUGAUUUUCUUGCCACCUUAUCAAUUUAUCAAGUACUUCCUUUCAAUAUUGGGUAAAAUUUUCAGCGAGGAUGUAGCUGGUAAAGUUGUUGUCAUCACCGGAGCUUCUUCAGGCAUCGGCGAGCAUUUGGCCUAUGAAUAUGCAAGAAGAGGUGCAUGCUUAACCAUUGCAGCCCGAAGGGAGAAGAGUCUACGUGAAGUAGCCGAACGGGCACUUGAUCUAGGCGCCCCGGAUGUUUUAGUCGUCCCAGCUGAUGUUUCAAAAGUUGAAGAUUGUAGAAGGGUUAUUGAUAAAACCAUGAGUCACUUUGGACGACUGGAUCAUCUUGUUAAUAAUGCUGGAAUGACAUCAGUUUCUCUGUUUGAAGAAAUACAAGACAUUACUAACAUGAGAUCCAUCAUGGACAUCAACUUCUGGGGUUCAGUUUACAUGACAAGGUUUGCGAUUCCCUACCUGAGAUAUAGCGAAGGUAGAAUCAUUGUGCUUUCUUCUGCUGCAUCUUGGAUGCCUGCUCCAAGAAUUAGCCUUUACUCUGCAAGCAAAGCAGCGAUGGUACUGUUUUUUGAGGCAUUAAGAAUUGAAUUCGGACGGGAUAUCAAAAUAACAUUGGUCACACCUGGCUUUGUUGAAUCAGAAAUGACGCAAGGGAAAUUCAUAGACAAGACUGGCAAAGUAGAUGUUAAUCCUCAAAUGAGGGAUGUUGAAGUGGGCAUAACCCCAGUGAUGAAAGUAGAAGACUGUGCCAAGGCCAUUGUGAAUGGCGCUUGUCGAGGGGAGAGAUACAUUACUGUGCCAUCUUGGUUCCGAGUCACCUACUUGUGGAAGGUUUUCUGUCCAGAUGUUGUUGAGUGGUUUUUGAGGUUGUUGUACCUUUCCAGUUGGGGAGCAUCGCCCGAGGAUGCUCCAAGCAAGAAAAUAUUGGAUUACACUGGUGUUCAAAAAGUCUUGUACCCUGAAAAUAUCCGGGAGCUUGAACCUAAGACUGAGUGAUGUUGGGCCCGGCUGGUUGAUGUCAAGACCCGGGGCUGUUCGAUCAAGUAAAGGAAAAGGAAACUGAAUGAAAUUCGUAAUUGUCUAUCUAUAUUAAAUAUAAUAAGUUGGUCGUUUUGUUUCUAUGUAUCUCUGUUACUAAAUAAUUUGACAAACAUAAUAAAUUUUAUUAAGUAAGUUGUUUCUUCGUAUUUAUAUUAAAAAAGUUUGUAAAUUAUUGAUUGUGAACUCAGUUAUUAUUUCAUAUUAACUUGAAAUCAUCUUAGGAAUGCACUGUACACUU